AUGACAACGCCCACUUCCCUCAUAACCAACCUAUCCCUGUCAGCAGAACUCAUCAAUGGCACCUUGCAGAGCCCUGAUUGGAUGUUCUCCCUGCCCAUCCCCCAGUCGGCCAUCGCGGGAUUGCUCCCCUACAUCCUCCUCUCCAUACUAUUGGCCUUCUGCUCAGCCAUGGUAAACAUCAUCAUGCCCUUCGUGGUCGGCGAUGGUUGGUGAUUGGUUCUUUGUGACGGCGGCACUGCUCUUCCUAGUGGUGAGUCUGAGUAACGACGCCCUGGAAGUUGCCCACAAUGCAUUGUUCCUGCAGCUGUCCGUGUCCACGGUCCCCCAGAUCCCCCUCCAGGGGUACUACAUGUUCUUCGGGGUGUCCUGCUCCCUGUUUGCCGUUGCCUCGCUUUACGGGACGUUCAGCCGCCUCAUCAACUCCAUUUCUGAGAAGAUUCUGAUCCCUGUGGUCCUCAGCUCAUCUCCUCUGACCGCCUCCUCUCUGUCCUGUGCUGCUACUGUUCCCCGAGAAAACUCCAGGGGGCGCUGUCAUCGUCACCACCAACCAUUCAGAUCACUGAUACCCUAUUCUACCUGACCAAUGGGGUGGCAGCUCUCUCGGCGCUCCACUUGGCCUCGUCCAGUCACAGGGUAGUGUUCCUGCGGCUGAGCGUUCCGUUGAUGCUGGUGUCGGGAGCGGUGGUAAAUGGGUUGGUCUGCAGACUGCAGGUCAGGGGAGGACAGAGGUUUGGGUCAGUCAUUCCAUCCUUCAUCCCAUCCUUGUCUGGGCUACAUGGACAUGGUACCCCUUCGCAGGUAUGCGGUUGAUUUGUGCUGUCUCCUAAAUGACACCCUAUUCCCUAUAUAGGGCUCUGGUCAAAAGUAGUGCACUAUAUAGGGAAUAGGGUACCAUUUGGGACGUACACUGAAGGAUUAGAUUAGAAUACUUUAUUAUCCAUUACACAAAACUGAAAUUCAUCUUUGGCACUGACAUACACACACAUUUCACACAUUGACAGAUCCUAACAGGAAGAAUGUGCCUUUAAGUUUAGCCUAAAUCGUACAAUAAUGUCAAGAGGAGAUUUUCAGCAAAGUUAGUCAGUGUUGCUGUUGUUGUCUCCAUGCUCUGUGACCUGUUUAGUAACCAGUACUCUCUGUUCUAUUCUCAGGUCUCAUGCUACAGAUCUCUCCAGCAGGGUCCUUAGGGUUCACAGCUUGCGCCAUCGCUUUCCUGGUCAUGAACGCUUUCCUCAUGCUCAUCGGUCAGUCGCUACAUGAAAUUUCCAAGAUCUUCCUCUUCACCUGCUUCAACAGAUAAAGAGAGUGAAAAGCGGAGGUUGUGUUUGGCACCCUAUUCCUUAUAUAGCCCUAUGGGCCCUGGUCAAAGUAGUGCUUCACAAUAUAGUGCUGGGAUCAUCAACCAUAUUCAGCCGAGGGCCGAUUACAAAUCAUUUGUAGACUGCAAAUUGACCGCAAGAAGCCCAAACAGAUAUAACAUUUGACUAAAACAUAGGCAUUUCAAACAUUGCUCACUUUUCUAUACGAUCGCAUAUAUAUCUCUAUUAUGCAUAGGAAUCUUUUGGGACAAAUAAUAUAGGGUGCCAUUUGGGAGACAUGCAGUGUCUUCAUCCUGUAUUCCUAACUUUCUACAUGUCUUCUCCGCUCCAACUCUCCAUAUCACGCCUACUCCUGCUCUCUCCCUCCGGCGCUCGAUGUCGCUGGUCUACUAACCACCGGUCCUGGCAACCCACACUGUGCACACCUGGCAACCAUCAUUACACCCACCUGCUCAUCAUUUUCUCCUUGAUUACUCCCCCUUUAUUUAGCCCUCAGUUGUUUUCAGUCACUAGGUGUUAUUGUUUUUCUUUCACCUAUGUACGCUCCUCAUGUUUGUUAAUUUGCUUCAGUUCGUUAUUAAAAUCACCUUCUGCACCUGUUUCCUGACUCCCUGCGUAUACGUUACAGAAUAACCUCAACAAAAUGGAAGCAGCAGAAGAUUCAAUCCUCUUCCAGACGGUUAACAAACAAGGUCAUCUACUCCAUCAACACCACGACCAGCAGGUGAAACUGGGUACGACCAUGGAGGUCCUCUGCGUUCUCCACCGCCUCGACACCACCAGCAAGGUUCUCCAUUCCCCUAUCAGAGGGCCUCCUACCACGGAUCGUCACAGUGAGGCAGUCCUCCAGCCUACCCAGCCGUCCGCCCAAGUCAGCGAUGCCCGACUAUCCCUUCCGGAGAAAUAUGAUGACACUCCAUCGAAAUGCCGUGGCUUCCUACUCCAGUGCUCCCUCUAUUUCGCAUAUCAGACGGGCGCCCCCACCACCGAGAGGUCCAAGGUUGCCAUGGUCAUUUCCCUGCUGACCGGGCGGGAGUUGGAGUGGACUACGGCCGUCUGGGAGAGAGUAGAGGAGGAGCUGGGGUCUUAUGAGAGGUUCAUGGCUCUGUUCAGGGCGAUCUUCGACCAUCCUCCAGAGGACAGAGAGGGAGGUGAGCAACUUUUCCAGCUCCGGCAGGGUGCCCAGACUGCUGCGGAUUACGCCCUCACCUUUCGGACUGUGGCAGCUUCCAGUUGAUGGAAUGAGCCAGCGCUCCGCACUCUAUUCCGCAGUGGACUGCACGAGGAGGUCCAGACGGAGUUGGCAUGUCGGGAUGACAAUAUUUCCUUGGAUGCUCUCAUGUCGAUGGCCAUCCGUCUGGAUAACCUUCUGUGGGUGCGCCGGUGUCCACGUCGCCACUCGCCUCCCUCCUUUGGCUGUCCUGAGGCAGAGCCUGAACCCAUGGAGGUAGGGGCCACACACCUCUCCGUGGCAGAGUGGUGUCGCCGGAGACAGCUGGGGCUCUGUCCCUAUUGUGGCCAGGAGGAGCACCUGCUUCAGUGGUGUCCGGUGUGCCCUAACCCAGGGUCCAUUAGAGCAGAGGGGCAGCCCUGUGACCUUCCAUCUCCCAGGGUAGGCGUGAGUAUUCCAUUUUCAUUGUUUUCCGCCAAACCCUUUACGGUGCCUAUUCCACUGUCUGGCUGUACCUCAAGUGUUGUCUCUACUCAAUGUCGUAUCGUUGGCCCCGUAUGUUGGGACAUAGACAUGGACAUCUGCCUGGCUCUGGAGCAGAACCCGCUCCUGCCACCUGCCCUCCGGAGCGCAUCUACAUUCCCACAGGGGUGAGAGAUCAGCUGUUAACCUGGGCACACACAUCCCUUGCCGCUGGACACCCAGGUAUCACCCGCACCAUCCAAUCCCUCUCCGAAAAAUACUGGUGGCCCACCUUGGUGCAGGAUGUCACCCACGAUGUCAACUCAUGCUCCAUAUGUACUCAAUUCAAAUCUACCCGGCACGCUCCAGCAGGGAAACUACUUCCCAUUCCCGUGCCUCAGCGGCCCUGGUCACAUUUGUCCAUUGACUUUGUAACUGAUCUUCCCCUCUGAUGGUUGUACCCCUAUUAUGGUUGUUAUUGACAGAUUCUCUAAAUCCUGCCGUUUUAUCCCUCUCUCUGUUCUACCACCCGCUCUCCAGGUCACUGAGGCACUAUUCCAGCAGGUUUUCCGGUACUAUGGCCUUCCGGAGGACAUCGUUUCCGACCGUGGUCCCCAGUUCACGUUCUUUAUGGAGAAGCUGGGGGUCACAGUCAGCCUCACAUCCGUGUACCGGCCUCAGUCCAACGGGCAGGUGGAGAGGACCAACCAGGAGCUGGGGAGGAUCCUAAGGAGUGGGCUUGGCUCCUUCCCUGGGCGGAAUACGCCCAGAACUCCCUUCGACACUCAACCACUGGGCUGACUCCCUUCCAGUGCCCCCUGGGAUAUCAGCCGGCCCUGGCUCCGUGGACUCCGAGCUAGACCGAGGCCACUGCAUUGGAUGAAUGGUUACACUGCCCAUGUGAGGCUCCAGCACGCCGUCCUCCAUCAGAAGGAUCAGGUGGACCGCGACCGCAGUGACGCUCCUGUAUUCCAUCCUGGUGAUCACGUCUGGCUCUCCGCCAGGAACCUCCCGCCUGCCCUCCGAAAGCUGAGCCCCUGGUUUGUGGGGUCCUUCAAGGUCCUCCGGAGGAUCAAAGAGGUAAUCUAUCGCCUCAAACUCCCCACCAACUACCGGAUCUCACCUUCCUUUCAUAUUUCCCUCCUCAGGCCGGGGGUUCCAGGUCCCCUGGCUGAUUCCGUCCCCCACGACACCCCGCCGCCUCCCCUGGACAUCGAGGGGACCCCUGCUUAUGCUGUUAGGUCCCUCUUGGACUGUCGACGUCGUGGGGGUCGGCUCCAGUACCUAGUGGACUGGGAGGGGAACGGUCCUGAGGAGCACUCUUGGGUCCCGGUGGCAGACAUCCUGGACCCCAACAUCAUGCGGGAUUUCCAUCUCCACCGUCCAGACCGUGCGGCAAGGGGGGUACUGUCAUGCCUAAUCCUGUUCCCUCCCUCUGGCGCUCGAUGUCGCCAGUCUACUAUCCACCGGUCCUGCAACCCACACUGCGCACACCUGGCAAACAUCAUUACACCCACCUGCUCAUCAUUUUCUCCUUGAUUACUCCCCCUUUAUUUAGCCCUCACUAGGUGUUAUUGUUUUUCUCUCACGUUAUGUACGCUCCUCAUGUUUGUUCAUUUGCUUCAGUUCUUUAUUAAAAUCAUCUUCUGCACUUGUUUCCUGACUCCCGGUGUAUACGUUACACUCCAUCUCUCCAUAUUUCCAUGUCUCCACCCCCCAGCUGCGUAUGGGAACCUGGUCCUCUUAUCUCUGACCACGGUCAUGGAGGUGGUCCUGGCCACCCUCCAGCAGCUCCCCUACCAGAUGGAGAGGAAGGAACCAGCUUCUCACCUCAUUCCACUCACAAGGCUCUUACAGCACUUGUCUCAGACUUACUGCACAGUAUCUCCACCACAGUGACCAUGUACGCUUUCUGUUCAAAACAUUGCAUCAUGUACACAUUGUUUUGAUACCUAGACGUCAGUUAAAUGUUACUGUCCUAAAAUAGCCCUGGUAUCACUGGUCAACUGUAACUUCUCUCAGAGACUGCCCCUCGGCCCGCCACUGUUCAAGGUGAGAACAAUACACUCCAUUUCAUUUUACAUUUUAGUCAUUUAGCAGAAGUUCUUAUCCAGAGCGACUUACAGUUAGUGAGUGCAUACAUUUUCAUACUAUUCCAUUCUGUUCCAUACCAUUCCGUCCUACUCCCUUCUGUUCCGUUCUAUAUCUUCUAUCUCUGUGUUGUCUCCAGGAUGUGAAGCAGCAGAAGGCGUCGUCCCCUGCCUCGCCCUGUGCCAUAGCAGGCUCCAGGCUGACUAG